AUGGCGAUCGAGGAGCUCAUCACCGAUGCGACUCUACAACCCCUGCGUAAUACCUCCGAAGCCACUCUAGCGCAGACUCUCUCGGUCCUUGCCUGGCUAGAGGACAAAGCCUCAACCUCCACACCAUCUCUACAAGAUAAACUUGAUCUUGCCCAGCAACAAAAGAUACUGAAUGCAUACCUGGCCAAGCUCCGUGGACUGCAUCGUCAAGCCGCAUUUGGUGCCAGAUCAACGAAGCAAGAGACCGCAGAGGCUCGACAGCAAGUUGACAGAUUGCUGUUACAACUACAAAAUCUGUACUAUGAGCAAAGACAUCUGAUGGGCGAGAUCGCAGCGUGCGAAGGAUAUGAUCAUGCCUAUAUGCAUCUGCCAUUACGACCACUCGAUGAAUAUCUCGCCAUAUUUCCUGAACAGGCUGGAUUACCGGAGCAUGACUUGAUGCCAUUGAGGAUCGAGCACGAAAAGCAAGAACGGGAGAGAAUGGAACACGAACGGCUAGAGCUGGUGAAGAUCAAAGAUGGUCUGGUCAAGGAAAACACCAAAACGAAAGACGAGCUCAGAAAAAUGGAUGAGAGACUUGAAGCCAUGAUCGAUGGAUUCAAGUCCCUUGAAGAGGGCUUGCAGAAGGACCUAUGA